AGCUCUGUGCCUCUAUAAUCAUAAGGCUGCUCCUUGAGAGUGAUCAGAUUUCAUCACAAUAUCGAUUAUUUUAUUUUUAUAUUUUAGGGUCUUGUGAUAUUAUAAUUCCCAAGAGUUGUAUAUAUUGUCUAUCAACAAGGCCUUUGGAGUAGUUUUUUGUGCUUUCACUUUGUGUCUUGUGAGUGAGUGAGUUUGGGGUGUACUUGCUAUCAUGGAGAUGUUUUACCAUCACUUUGACAACAAUGAAGCGAAUUUACCACCUGGGUUUCGGUUUCACCCUACUGAUGAGGAACUCAUCACCUACUAUCUGCUCAAGAAGGUUCUUGAUCAUACUUUCACUGGCCGUGCCAUUGCUCAAGUUGAUCUCAACAAAUGUGAACCCUGGGAGCUCCCUGACAAAGCUAAGAUGGGGGAAAAGGAGUGGUACUUCUACAGCCUGCGGGACAGGAAAUACCCAACAGGGCUGAGGACAAACAGAGCCACAGAAGCCGGCUACUGGAAGGCCACUGGGAAAGACAGGGAGAUUUACAGCUCCAAGACCUCCUCACUUGUGGGCAUGAAGAAAACCCUGGUUUUCUACAGAGGCAGAGCUCCCAAAGGAGAAAAAAGCAACUGGGUCAUGCAUGAAUAUCGCCUCGAAGGCAAAUUCGCCUACCACUAUCUCUCCCGAACCUCCAAGGAUGAGUGGGUGAUCUCUCGAGUAUUUCAAAAGACUAUUCCGGGGGCAACAUUUCCUGGUGGGAAGAAAAGGCUGAAUACAACCAGCACCAACUACCCGGAGCUGAGUUCUUCUUCGUCGGUGUCUCUGCCGCCGCUUCUCGACACGCUACCGUACAAUGCCACCGCCACGUCAGACCUCGACAGCUGCUCCUUCGACGGCAGUGCAAGCACGGCUGCAACUAAAGAGCACGUGCCCUGUUUCUCCACUUCAGCUUCACCCAGCUGCUUCAACAAGUACAGCUCUAUGUUCCACUCUGUCUCCCCGGCGGCGGCGAUGGUGGACCCCGCCGCCGCCAUGCCGCCGUCCUCGUUGGCCGCCUUUCAGAGCAACGUGGGUGUGUCGGCGUUUCCUAGUUUGAGGUCAUUGCAGGAGAACAUGCAAUUGCCGUUCUUUUUCUCUCCGGUUGCCCCUUCGCCGGUUUUUGGCGGCGGAGAGGUUGGGAACUGGCCGGCGCCGGACACCCAGAAGAGUGGAGCCACAGAGCUGGAUUGCAUUUGGAGCUUUUAAAACAAACGUUUUAUGUAUUAAGAUGCCUAUUAGCUUAUGCUAAACUAAGCUUAACUAUGAUCAAAUAGCCUAUACGUUGAUCAAUGUAGUAGUUUACUCGUUGCUAAUCAUCCAGUUUAAGUUUAAUGUGUGGCUUUAUGUGCUUGUUAUGUCAUGUUUAAAAUGUAAUCUUUGACUAUGUAGAAUGUAGUAGCACCUAGGCCCUAGCAUCCUGUAGCAUGUAAACCUUUAACAUAAAUAUAUUAUAUUCCGGCUCU